AUUUUUUGCCGACUUUUUUUUGUCCAUUUUUUUUUACUAAUAAGAUACAACAACCGAAUCAUUAUUCGGUUACCACAACCAAAUGAAACACGAACGAAGAACGACUUAUCACGACCGAAGAAUUCACACAACCGAAUAAUAAACUUUCACGACCAAAGUAUGAUUUACAAAAUAAUUCGUCGCCAUUUUCGAACGUUUGUUCGAAUGUUAAUGCAGAAGCUUCUGAACUCGCAUAUUUGGGUAUGAUCGAAUGUUCAAACUGUGGCAUUCACUUUACAGGUGCCGAAAACACACAUUCAGUACCAAAACAAUAAAGCUGCCAUUUUUAAUUUUGAAUUUCACAUUCUUUUACCCGGUCUCUUUAAACUUGAAUCCACUAAAAAAUAAACAGAGGAUCUGGUACCGAAGUUUUUAUUAAUACCGAUUUAGCUUGCGACUUUAAAAGAAACAGAAUGGUGUGUUAAAGAGGAAAAAAACGUUAUGAGAACAUAAACAUGCGGCCUGAAAGUUUUAUUUUUAUUAUUAUAAGUACAAUUAACGUUAUAUACUGUCAGUUUGAUGGGAAUCCAUUUGGCGGUGGUUUGAAUCCUCGAUUUGGAGGGGCAGCAUCAAGCCAAUUAGAGAGUUCUCUCAGUGAGCAGAAUUCUAACAUUGGCAUUGGUGCAGCAGGAAUCCCAGAACAUGUCUCAGACAGUAGCUCUAGCAGUAAUUUAGACGCCAAUGGCGAUUUACUGAAUCAAGUCAAUUCACAAGAUAGUGGACUGGCAAAGAGUUUACAAGAGGGACAAGAUGACGUUUCUGUGAGGGAAUUACUCAAAUCAUUCCAAAUGGACGAUACAAAGGGGAAUUUCCUACAUCACGGCGAACAUGGGGAUUACGGGGAAGCCCAGGGUUCUUACCAGGAGCGUGGUCUUGAAAAUCCAGAAGCAAGACAACAACCGACUUCUUUUAACUCACCUAUUGACUUGGUGACAAAGGAAGUGGAACUUGACAUCACUGUCGGCGACAGACCACUCGGAAAAAUCAUUAUUGGGCUUUUUGGGAACACAGUACCGAAGACCGUAACUAAUUUUGUAGCACUUGCUGAUCAUUCGGAGGGAUUUGGAUUUCGUGGAAGCAUUUUCCAUCGUGUCAUCAAAGAUUUUAUGAUACAAGGUGGAGACAUCACUCGCGGAGAUGGAACAGGCGGAAGAAGUAUUUACGGAGAUAAAUUUCCAGACGAAAACUUUUCAGUGAAAAUGAAUGGACCAGGGUGGGCGUGUAUGGCUAAUGCGGGAAAAGAUACGAACGACUCGCAGUUCUUUAUAACAACGGCUGAUACGAGUUGGCUAAACGGAAAACACGUCUGCUUUGGUAAAGUUCUGCAAGGAAUGGAUGUCGUCAACGCCAUUCAAAACACGCCCAAACAACCAGGCGGCGAUAAACCUGUGGAAGACGUCAAAAUUGCAUACAGUAAAAGCAUAUUCGUCAGUCAACCUUUUGAUGCUGGUCCGCAACCUGCUACGAUUUAAACAUCUCGAUUUUCGGGAGAAAAUAGCUUGUCCCCAGGACUUGUUGGGCAGCCUAACAAGUCCUGGAGAUGAGGUUAAAUAUUUGUAUUAUAUUAUAAACAUUUUGAUAACAAUUAGAUACACAAAUUUUAAAAAAUGUCGUGUCUUUAUUGUA